AUGAAGUCCUCCGCGAUCCGGGAGUCGGCCGUCCCGUCCAACAGCUCAAACCGCCGUACCUCAGCUCGCCAGCAACGUACUGGGACAUCGAGACCCACCAACUACUACGCCCGCACCUUUUCUGGGCGCGCGCCCAUGGCCGACAAUGCCUCUGCCAGCAUGUCAACACCAGGCUUCUUCCCAGCCAUCACACAUUUCACCGACUCGAUAAAUGCCCUCCCAAAGGAGGUCAUGAAGCAUUUCUCCAUGAUGAGAGAAGUCGAAGCCAAAACCGACUCCGCCGACAGCGAACUCAAGGUCCUCUCAGAGAAGAUCUCGGCGUUUCCCCCAAUAUCGAGACAACAGGCACGAUUGAUUGCACGGAGCGCGGCGAACAGCACGGGCAGCAACAGCCUCAAUGGCAGCGUUGCUGGGUCGGUAGUGCACGGGCAGCAAGGCGCUGAACAAUCAGAGAGCGGGAGCAAUGGGCAGGCUACCGAGGAGGAUUCUCAGCUCCAGCGGCGACAGGUCUUCUAUCGUUACCGGUACAACCUCGCGCAAAUGUGCGGGAUGCUUGACGAGAAGAAUGCCGUUCUCUCCAGUGCCAAUCAGACAGUCGAGAAGCAGCUGGCGCGUAUGGAGAGCUCCUACGUACACAUCGAUGAAGAGCUCAGCUACGAAGCGCGUUAUGGAAGCACCACGCACUGGGCCUACAAGGAUGGAGAUGACAAGAACAAGAAAGCGCCCGCAAAUGAAAGAUCAAGGCGCGAAGUCGCUGCAGCCAACAACCUGGCGGCAGCUGCGGCAGCAGUGCAUGAAGGGGACAUAGCAGCAACUAGAGGCGACUCAAGGCGUGAUGGGUUGCAUACGAGACACAAGAAUCGCAAUCAUUACGUCGACUCGGAUUUUGACGACAGACCCACGAAGAAAGCGCCAGCAAGUCGAAGCAAGAAGACCACAGACAUAACCCAGAGCGCCUUUUACGGACUUGGAAUUACUCAUACUCCUAAUCAAGCAAGUAAGCGACGUAAAACGGAGAAGACUGCGACAUCUGCGCCAGCGAUGGAGCGCUCAAUGAGUGGAGCCAUCAAGGACGCUGCAGGCGGUCGAGCCAGCCCUCGGGAGACACCAGCGGCGGAGAGUAAGAAAAGGUCUCGUGCAGCACCGGCGCCAGCUCCUGCGAAGAAAAGAACACAAGCAGUUGGCCAUCAGAGCCCCCACGUCCCUUCAUCUCCUGUCAUUGGCAACUUUGGUGUGCCGGGAGCUGCUGCCCAGCGUCCGAUGACUUCCCGUGGACGCCAAAACUCGACGUCGAAUUCCACCGCUUCCGUGCACCAAGAGCCCUCUCGCCAGCGACCACCCUCGUCCGCCUCGAACAGACCCAUAAACGGUGUGAUAAACAGUUGGGAAGCUGAGCCAGGAGCACCACACGGGGCAGUAGUUCCUGUCGCUCCGCCUGGUGUGACGGCUGAGUCCCCAGCGGUCUCAAACGGAAAUUUGCCUGAGCGUACAAUGAAGCGUGAGGAAACAGAUGCUCAUGAAGGCGCAGGAACGCCCUCGCAGACAGUCAUAACUCGUGCCGGUCGUGCUUCCAAGACCGCGACGCCAGUAAUUGGCAGUUUUCCCGAAGGCGCGCCCAUGGCGCGUAGUCGCAGCACGCGUAACAAUGGCAGCCACGCGUCUUCCGAGUCAAACGUUCCUCUUGUCACUCAACAACCGCAGAAAAGGUCUCACAAGAAGGGUGCAUCGGCGUUGCAGCGCAGCGCGGCAAAUCACGUCGAUGACGGCAGCAGCCUAGCCGGAGAUCUCUCGGGCCCAGAUCUUGAUGAGGAGGUUGUUGAAGAAGAGGACGAUGGAGACCAAGAGCGCUUCUGCUAUUGCAACGGCGUGAGCUAUGGUGAGAUGAUUGGAUGCGACAACCCGGAUUGUGCGCGGCAAUGGUUCCAUUAUGCGUGCGUGGGUAUCACAAAGGAACCGAAUAAGAAGGCCAAGUGGUAUUGCGAAGACUGCAAAGAGAACCUCAAUCUCAAGAGAAGCCGCCCCGUCAGCAGGCAGUGA